GGCAGGUGUUUAUGUAAUGUUAUCUCGAGUACAAAGGUUAAAAGAUAUUAUGAUGUUAAGACCAUUUGAUCAAUCUAAAUUGAAUGUAACAAUGGACCCUGAUCUUAAAAAAAAACUUGACCAUUUUGAUGAAUGCUCAAAAACAACUGAAUAUUUACUAUUAUAA